GUCGGAAGAAACUGUGCACACUGUUAUCAAUGGGAAUGUCUCGGGGAUAACCGUGAUGCUUUGCGUGCUCGGAGUUGUCGCGAUCAAAUUUCGGUGCUAAAUUCGAAUGUUCGAAACAGAACGCGGAGUUAUGUCGAGUUAUUACAAUGGCACCGCCGUUGUCAUCUACUCCAGGGAAGCGACGAUUUUGGCGGCGUUUUGCGCGAUUCUUUUUUGUGUAGUCGGCGUUAUCGGUAACCUGGUAACGGUGAUAGCGCUGGUGCGAUGCCCGAAGCUGAGGGUGCACGCGACCACGGCCUUCGUGCUGUCCCUCUGCCUCUCGGACCUCAUCUUCUGCCUGAUAAACCUGCCGCUGACGGCGGCCAGGUACAUCUACCAGGCGUGGGUCUUCGGCGACGCUCUCUGCAAACUGUUCCCCGUCCUGUUCUACGGGAACGUGGCCGUUUCCGUGCUCAACAUGGUGGCGAUCACGCUGAACAGAUAUGUUCUAAUAUCUUGUCAGCUUUACUAUAAUUGCCUUUACUCGAAAAUAUCCAUUUGGAUCCAGCUCGUUUUCAUUUGGGUCUUCGCGUUUCUUCUUAUGAUGCCUCCUUUGCUGGGAAUUUGGGGCCAACUGGGUUUGAAUCCGUCGACUUUUUCCUGCACUAUACUCAGAAAAGACGACAAAUCUCCGAAGAAGAUGAUUUUUCUCAUCGGAUUUAUCCUGCCUUGCGUAGUCAUUAUCGCAGCUUACUCUUGCAUUUACUACAGCGUCGUCAAAUCCGCCAGGAAACUGAAAUCCCACCGGCAAACGGGCGACAAGAAAACGCCGAGCCGCCGGGAGCGGGACGACAGCCGCCUGACGAAGCUGAUGGCGCUGAUCUUCCUGUGCUUCCUGAUAUGCUUCUUGCCGCUGAUGCUGUGCAACGUGCUGGACGACAUCGACAUCAAGUACCCGACGCUGCACGUGCUGGCGUCGAUAGCGGCGUGGGCGUCCAGCGUGAUCAACCCGUUCAUCUACGCGGCGAGCAACAGGCAGUACCGCAAGGCGUACUCGAAGCUGUUCACGAUGGUGAAGAGCAGCGUGGCGUUUUCGGAUUCCAGGCACAAUUCGAAUAACAUCAGGCUCGACAGGAGCAAGCCGAAUAAUAGCGCGACGCAAUCCUGAGGUGGUGCCGAAGGGGUUCCCUCGCGUUAUUUUGCGUUAAGUAUUAACUUUUUUUACGAUUUAACAGACUGAGAUUUUUACCAAAGGUUACAGAAGGUAUAUAGUUUAUUGAUUUCUGCUUAUGUUCUUCGUUAGUAUGUGUAUAAUCAUUCCUUUUUUUUAUAUAUAGUACAAUAUAUUCUCACGUUUCUAGUCGAUAAAAACGAUGUUUUUUGUGCUUUUUUGAGACUUCAUUUUGACUUUUUG